GGUAUGAAGAUGGAGGCCAGGAGAUCUCGCGGGAGAGUUCAGUGGUUCUGAUGACGAGUUGUCCUGGGACGUCUGGAUUUUCAUUGCCCCACUGACGUCUUUUUGGCAGCUCCAAUGGGAAGUAGAGCCAGUCCAAGUAGAGCUCCCUUCCCAAACUGUUUCAGAAGGAGAUGUAGUUUUCAUCAAAGUGCUCUCAUGCUCGGACGAGGUGCUUUUCAGAGUCUUCGCUGCUUCUCCAACGAGGGCUUCCAGUGUCCGGCGUGCGGAGCUCCCUCCUCGCCCCUGGUUUGCAGGAGCUGUGGACGGCUCCAUGAGUCGUCGUCCAGCGGCAGCUUCUUCGAGCUUUUGGGCAGUUCAACUCAGAGCACGUCGUCGGAAGAUCCCAGGUCUGAGCAGUACCUACGAGGUGAAACCUCAAGAGGUGGACAGCUCCUACAAGGAUUUGCAGCGUCUCCUUCAUCCCGAUCGCCACGUCGCCGGCACAGAGGAGCAACGAGAGCUGGCCGAUUCUCAUUCAGCCCACGUGAACGAAGCGGCUGCAGUCUUGAGGUCUCCCCUGCGGCGUGCCCAGUACUGGAUGGAGUUGAAUGGACAGAAAAUCCUGCUUGAAGAACAGCGGAUCGAGGACAUGCAAACCAUGAUGGAAGUCAUGGAGACCAGUGAGGAGUUGGAUGCGGCCAAAACGCAAUCAGAGGUGGAUGGACUCCGGCAGCGGAACCGGAGCAAGAUCGAAUCCGUGGAGUCGGAGCUUUCCGAGAUCUUCAAGCAUGAGGAUUGGAUGACUGCGCGGCAUCGCGUGGAGCGUUUGCAGAUGCUGACGCGGCUGCAAGAACGGAUGGACGACUGGCGACCCAAGUGAGAGGCAGUGUGGCAAAGCGUGUGGCUCACCGCGUGAGGUUUGCAGAUCCCCAGGGAUCCAGUCGUACCUUCUCAGAAAGUGAUUGGAGACCCUCUUAUGUAGGUUUUGAGGGUCCAAGUACCUUCUGAGAAGGUACUUGGAUCCCUAGGGGAUGUUUGCAGUGUGUUGUUCUCUAUUUUUAAGGGGGCACGCAGCGAGGACGCCCAGCUCGGAGUGGAC